AUGAUGGCGCCGUCAAUUGACCAGCCCGUGAGACUCCUAUGCAUCAUCCCUAUAUCAACAACAGGCAUGACAGACGACCUCGCACGUGUAUAUCACUCAACGGCAACCCUCCAAAUUACCUUUGUGGACGGCCGCGACCUCGAUGACUGCCCCCCGUGCAUCGAGAACCACGCGCAGGCCAUAUCUUCAACCAACGCAGUUCUCCCCCGUGCGAUAGAGUACAUCUCCACCCACAGCCCGCAUGCCGUCCUCGUCUGCUGCUUCUCAGACCACCCGCUAGUAUACGCACUGGAGGAGCGCUACGGUGACGAGGUUCCCGUCACCGGAAUAUUCCAAGCCGCGUUACAGGAAGCCACAGCAAGUGGAGGCAAGUUCGGCAUUGUUACAACAUCGACCUCAUGGGAACAGCCGUUGAAAGACUCUGUUGAUGACCUCGGUUUCGGGACGUAUUCAACUGGCGUCGCAGCGACUGGCUUGAGCCCACUUGAGCUGGAGAGCUUGGAUCGGGAUUUCGUGAUCGAUCGCAUUGCUACAUCUUCGAAGCCUUUGAUUGAUAACGGUGCCGAAAGUAUUAUCCUCGGCUGUGCGGGUAUGGCGGUAUUGGAAGACAAUAUACUCUCGGCUCUUCCACCUUCGAUCAAGACGAUUGAUGGUGUUCGUUCAGGGAUGACGAUCUUGUCGCGGCGGGUUGAGGAGACGGCUUUAACCAAACCAGUGCUUUCUCUCCUCGACGAUACCAAGACUAAGAUUGCGGUAAGCAGCACGGAAUUGAUGAGGGACAGGCAGCAGAUAUUGUGA